CGUCCUCUAUCGGAAACAACUCAUUUGCAGUUAUUUAUAGUUGUAUAUGCAAACUAACAAGAUAGCCAGCGAAUAGCAGAUCGCGGAAGACAGUCUGAGCUGUUUCCACCUCCCUACCUAGUACCUAUCUCUCCACAUUAAACCUAACUUUGUUUUAAUUCGAUGACUACUCACUGCAAUACAACAACAUCUGGAAAUUGUUCAUAACUUAAGCCACAAAGAGGACCUUAAUCACAACGAUGACCUUCUUCAAACCUUUUAAAAACCAUCCCAAUGGACCCCCAGCUCCUCCCCCGGCCCCUCCCAGAUGGAUUGGUGCUGAUACGAAUGGACGGAGUAGCUGGCCAGAAGAUGAUUUUGACAAUGGAGACGUGUACGAACCCCCCCCCUACGAGCGGACUGCCAUCAAAGUCGAGACACAACCAACCAAUCUGGAUUUAAUUUACCUGGACCACUCGUCCGAUCAGCCGGCCCCACAGAGGCCCGCCGCUCCACCCCCAAGACCACCCGUCCAGCCUCAGAGACGAGGUGCUCAACCGCAGAGACCUCCAAGACAAUGUGAUCCACAAAGACCGCUUCCUCCUGCAAUGGCACCAGCUGGCCCACCACCCAGGCCAAUCAAACUGACACCGUCGGGCAAAGUUUUGCCGCCACGACGGGAAGCCGAGGUGUUUCACGAUUCCAGCAUCACCAAUCCUCCUGAGGUGGACAGACAGGAGAAGCCGGGGAAGAGUAGUGCCCUAAACAAGUUCCCCCCCCCUCCUUUCGCAAGGCCCCCUCUCCCAAGCCCGGCCCCAGACACAGAGGAAGAUGUGUACGUAGAUCCAAAUGAAGAACAGGGAGACAGUGAUGGUGUGUAUCUCAAGCCAACACCAUCUUUGCCUUUGCCCUCUCCUGCACCAAUGAGAUUGCCUCCUCCUAUCAGUCCAAUGGUGGCACCGCCUGGUGGCCUGAUGAAGCCUCCUGUGCCGAGGACCACGAAUAAUUCUCUGACAACAUCCGUCACUGAGAUGAAACCAGCUCCUGAUGGCAAGCGGCCCAUGCUGGCCCUACCACCCCAGAAGGACUCCAAACCUCGAAUUCCUUCUCCCCCAACGGUGGACCAAAUCCCAGGAGUUUUCCCCAAAGCAUCUUCCACUGGAAUGAAAUCCACCAAAGCGACCGGCAAUGAGGACAAUGAGUGGUUCACUUCGGUUUCUACGAGAAAGUAUGCUGAGGACCUCCUCCUGAGAAUCAAUAAGGACGGCGCCUUCCUCAUACGCCCCAGCUCGUCCCAGGACCCCCGGCAACCGUACACCCUGGCCGUGCUCUACAGGGAGAAGGUCUACAACAUUCCUAUACGCUUCGUGGUGGAGAUGCAAGGCUACGCCUUGGGGAAGGUCGGGAAGGACUUUGAAGACACCUUCCCGAGUCUCCAGGACAUUAUUGCCCACCACAAGAAGAACCAGCUUGUUCUCAUCGACAGCAUGAGCCAGGCCAUGCACAAAACGUACCUAGUCCACCCUGCCCGGCCUUAAGACGACCCUCACAAUCCCUCUACACCAUAACACAUAUUUAUCAUCAAGAGAGUAAGCCUAUUGAUCUGUUGCUACUGGGGCUCAUUUUAGCCUAUUUGCUUCAAGUACAUUCAAUUGUAUUGUCUAUGUACAUCAAGGCAAGUACAUUUUAUUGUUUGUAACCAACACCUAUUUUAACUGCAAUUUACCUCACAGACCUGCAAGAAGAUUGUGGCCCUUUUAAAAUAAGCUUAGCAUAUCAUGUGUGCAUAAUAAGGAGGCUUAUACAAAUAUCUACUUUGAAUAAACAUCUUUUCAACAUU